AGCCAGUGGGAGACGGCGGGCGGAGGCGCGCUUCCAUUUAAGGACGCCCGCCGCACGGGCACGCGGGACCGGCGUCUCAGGAGUGCGGCAGUAGCUGAGUAGGUGUCACCAUGUCUUUGCAGGCUGAUUUUGAUAGGAUCACAAAAGAUGUGAGGAAACUGAAAACAAGACCAGAUGAUGAAGAACUGAAAGAACUCUAUGGGCUCUACAAACAAUCUAUAGUUGGAGACAUUAAUAUUGAGUGUCCAGGAAUGUUAGAUUUAAAAGGCAAGGCUAAAUGGGAAGCGUGGAACCUCCAAAAAGGGCAAUCAAAGGAAGAUGCCAUGAGUGCCUAUAUAUCUAAAGCGAAAGAGCUGAUAGAAAAAUAUGGAAUUUAAAAUUCAGCUGUGAGAAGGUUUUUCUUUUGAGGUCUUCAUGAUGCUAUCAUGUCCUAUAUCUAGGGAAGAAAUGCACUGUUAACUCUACAUGUCACGAAUAUGUUUGCUCUUAACAUGAAUUGUAAUCCUUAAUUAGAGGUAUGCUGAAACUAUUUAGUGAAGUUUUACUUGCUAAAAGCAGAUGAUUUUAAAAGUUAUUUUAAAAGAAAAGUAUUGCUCUGGUUGUAUGUCACAAAAACAUUAACAAUAUUUUUUGGCUUAUUUGUUUUCCUACACUGAGUUAUUAUUAUUGGUAUGUGAUCAAAACAGUUUACUAAGAACCAAUAACAAGGUUCUUCCUUUGUUGUACGUGUAGCUCUGGGAUUCUCACUGACUUGGGGACUUGGAAAUCAUAAACAUACCUGGUUUCAUUCCAUACUCUGUAAUUCUUUACUAGGUGACCAGAAACAAAUUACUUCAGCUUGCUAAACCUCAUCUAUAGAGUAGAGGGAAAAAUCAGUCUCACAGGGUUGUAAGAAUUGAAUGAUUCUUGAGGUAACUGAGAAUUGAUAAUUGAGGUAACUCUAAUGAUCCUACCUUCAAUUUAAAGCAUACAUUAUAUAAAACCUAACAACAAAUAAACUAAAAUUUUUAAAAAAUAAACUUAUGAGUCCAUGACUAUUCAAAGAAAGAAAAAAGCCAUCCACCCAUUAUUUUUCUUUAAAUUUUUACAUUUAAGACAGAA